GUUCUGUCCCGAAUCCCGAGGGCUCUGUGGGGUGCUGGGGUGUCCGGCGGCCGACCCUGCGUUCGCGCCUUCUCUAGAAGGCCCGCCAGUGGGCCCCCGGGCGCGCGGCGCCGGCUCCCUGGGUAGGGGACUGGAGGGUGACGGCAGCCAAGGCCCCCAGCCGGCUGCCUACCUGGCAGGGCCCUCCGGCGCCGCAAAGUCCGCGGACCAGGGCCGAGGGCGGAGUCUUUAGGCUGGCGCGCCGCCCGGGAAGUGCCCGUGCUCGAGUUGGACGCUGCUGCCACUCAGACGCCAGCAGGAAGGCGAGGAGCCCUCACGUGACACAGAUUUGUGGCGUGAGUGCCUCCCGUUAGCUUGUUAGCUUAUCUGACCUUGAGAAAGUCACGGGGAAAACUUGACCACCUUGUGCCAACUGCCAGCUUGUUUUCAAGAUACCGUGACCUUGAAUGGAUAAGAUGGACUGAGGCCCCAAGAGGGGAGCCGCUUACCAGAGCGCAUAGUUCUUCGUCCAGAGCUCCAGCCUCCUGAGUCUGGGGGUGCGUGUCAUAGUCUAGAAACAGUGACAAGUGCGGCCUCAGAACCACCGCGGCCUGACCGUCCGGCCCCUCCUCCCCAUGCGUUCGUCCGCGGCCCUGCGUUGACCAGGAGCGACCGCACAGCUGGUCCGGCAUGAACUGGAAGGUUUUGGAACACCUGCCCCUGCUGCUGUACAUCUUGGCAGCGAAAACACUGAUUCUCUGCCUCGCAUUUGCCGGAGCCAAGAUGUACCAAAGGAAAAGGCUGGAAGCAAAACGGCAGCAACUGGAGGCUGAAAAGAAGAAGCAGACGGAGAAGAAAGAUAACUAAUGGGAAGCCGCAGGCUCCGCAGGAGACCACCGGCGCCUGGACUCCAGCCGGGGAGAAGGAGACACGCUUAGUUGCCUAGUGAUGUGUCAGAAGAUAAACCUCUAGCCUUCGCUCUAACUUAAAAUGACGUGAACUGUCACGUGCUUUUAAAAGAACCGUAUUUUCUUUGGUAAAAUAAAACGUCUUUGUAACA